ACAAAUCCGACUCUCGCCUGACCAUGCGUGCCUGGCAGCUUCAUUUCGUCCCACUGCCGGCCAGUCGGCCCAGGACGCUCGCCCCCGCGGUUUCUGUCACUCCAAUCCUGCCCGGUAUGCCCUUGGGCUCUCGACAUGGAAUAUUCCCAAAGCUCCCCUCCUCCUCCAAAUACUGUCCCGGGCGGCCGAUGUCGAGACGGCCCGCUUGGCACUCGCACCCACAAGGCAGAGCUCGUUUGGCGGAAACAACAGUGGUCCUUCCGCGGAGGCCUGUCGCAAUCCUGCGCUGCGAGAUGGCGACAUAUCCAGGCAUCCGGGAGUUCCCCUGCCCAGCUCCUGCGCAACAGUGACCCGAUGGUUGGAGCUGCACGGGCCACGGCGCCUACGCGGUACAGAAUGCUCAGGCGGUCAGGCCAGGGACGAGACGGCCCUGGUGUCCGGCACGGCACGAUCUCGGCGUGUAUCCUCGCCUGGUCGCAUCAUUACAGGUCUUGGCCACCAAGGCCCUUCCCCACGAAUGUCGAACCCUGCCAAGUCCGCGUCACCAACGGCCACGGAAACAUGGUGCGUUUGUCAAGGUGGAAGCUCGCGCGUGUAGAGUCCAAGGCAGUGCAACAAGGAGCCCUGGUGCGAAAGACACCACUGACAGAAGGAGCCUCGCAUUCGUGGCAUGAAAGCAGCUCAUGACCUCGGCUCCGCGGACAGACGCCAUCACUCGCACACGCAUGAGCCCUGUUCCAAGCUCCGCAAGCCAUACCACGGCCUUGGUGCCGAGGAAAAUGUGCUACGCCAUAGUCCUAUACCGACAUCCCCGCCAGAAAUCCCGGCCUGGGAGAAUCAGGAC